AUGAUGUCUGUGCUUUUCAAACUGACGAUGUUGAAGGAUAAACAGAAGAAACCGGAACACCAAAUGAUGGAAAUGUGUCAAAUAAUGGCGAAAUGCUACAAAGAAAGUAGCGAAACGUGUCAACACGACUUGCGGGAUUCAAUGAAGAAAAAGAUCAAUGCCUGCAAACUUGUGAAGCUGAUUCAAAAAGAUUUCCGAGAUUGUUUUGAUUCGAUGAAAAAUAGCAAUUGUCCUGAAGCAUUUUCAGACAUCUCGCUUGAUAACCCAUUGACAUGUGAGAAUGUGUUUGGCAAACAACCAUGCCUUAAGGAUGAGAUGAUCCAAUAUUGUAGCCAAGAGACCUGGGAGCAAUUCAAGAAAGCCGCCGAAUCCAUAAUUGGAGAAAAUGUCAAAUGUGAUUGA